AUGGCUUGCAAGCAAACGGGAGUUUUUCUCAUGAUGGUUGUGGCCAUUGGGCUUGUUUCUCUGGCUUCAGCAACGGAAUUUGUGGUCGGAGAUGAUAAGGGAUGGAACCUUGGAGAGAACUACACUGCUUGGGCUAUGGGCAAGGAGUUUAAAGUUGGAGACACACUUGUUUUUAACUAUAAAAUCCCAAAUCACAACGUCAUCAAAGUCGAUGGCGCGAAUUUCAAAGCGUGCACGUCUCCGGAGAACAGCGAGCCUCUUGCAACAGGCAGCGAUACCAUCACCCUCUCAACUCCCGGCAAAAAAUGGUACAUUUGCGGAAAGAGCGAUCACUGUGAACGAGGAAUGAAGUUGGUCAUCAAUGUUGCUUCCGAUGUUGAGGCUCCAAAUUCACCCCCUCAACCUGACAGUUCAUCGAACAAAAUCGAAGUAUUUCAGUAUUUGAGUCUGAUGGCAGCAGCGAUGACUGUGGCUAUAGCAUUCGUGAUUUAA